AUUUCAUGCGGUGAUGGAGUCGGAGGUGUAUGAACGAUUACUUUGACACUGAACAAAAAUCUCUCUGAACAGUGUCUCCGCCGCUCUUUAGACGACGCACGCUGCCGGCUGCUCGGCUCCUCUCGUUGGCGAUUCCACGGUGAAAUCUCCACCAUUUCCUCUUCCUCUACUAUUCUCAAAUCAAUUUAAUGGAACCAUCAUCCGAGGAAGAAUACGAGACAUUUAAAGAAAAGGUGGAAAGAACAAUUUACCUCGACAACAUCUCAAAUCAGGUGACUGAAGCUGUUUUAAAAACUGCACUUGAUCAGUUUGCAACUGUCAAAAAUGUUCAGUUCAUCCCCACAUACUUCAACUCAUGCACCAUUUAUGCUGCUUUAGUGGAAAUGGAAACAGCAAAACAAGCUGAAGAAAUAGUUAAAGAAAUUAGUGAAUCACCAUUUAUGAUAUCUGGUAUGCCAAGACCUGUGAGAGCACAAAAAGCUAAAAUUGAAAUGUUUGAUGAUCGCCCUAAAAUGCGUCGCGAAAAGAUUGUAUGUUAUUGGAUGGAUCCAAGUCAUCCCAACUUUGAUGUUGUUAAAAAUUUUAAGAAUUUGACCAAAAAGCAUGCUGUUGCAGCGUCGUUUAUGAUGGAGAAACAAAUGGAAGAAGAAGAGAAGUUGCAUAAUCAACAGGAAGCGAGUUUGAAAGCGAAUUUUAAGAAGUAUGAGUUGAUCGAUAGUGCACAAGGUGAUGGGACAUUUAGGCGAUUGGGUGCUCGUUAUGGGACAAAGUAUAAUGAUUUUUGAUUUUUGGAUUAAAAUAUAAUGGUGGAGUAGUUUUUUUUUUUUUUUUUUUUUUUUUUGGCUUCU